GUGAUUUCAAUAUAUGUAAUUAAUUUUUGUUUCUGUAGCGGUUCGGACGGACGCGUCGCGACGUUCGCUUGGCCCGCCGUUCGGUUCGGUUCGCUUGCUUCGCCUGCCGUCGCUGUUUCUUAUUUAUUAUUAUUUUUUUAUUUUUAUUUGAGUUUCUGGCUGUGUACGUGUGAGCACGAAUGCCAGUGCCACCAAUGCGAGUGCGAGUGCGAGCGGUUUCCUUCUCUUGCUCUUGCCUUUUUCGUGGGCCGCUGCUAAAAUGCAAAGAACACGCUCGAGAAACGUAAAUGGCGCCGCGCUAACGAAUGGAAUUGGAAUAUCAAACAGUGCCCCCCAAAGUCCCAUAUAAAAAAAAAUAAAAACAACGUAUAAUAAUACAAGUAAGAAGCAACAACAAAAAGCAACAAACAAUAUUCGUGUUGCCCCCUGCCCCUUUUUUUUCGGGUGUAUGUUGUGUGUAGUGCCAGUGUUUGUGCUCAUGUGUAAAACGAAAAAAAAAAAUAAUAAAGAAUUGAAACAACCAAACAAACAACGCGGUCGAGAAAUAUUAUAAAAGAAGCAACUACAAAUGAACACUUGCUGGAAGCUGAAUGACAAAACAGCAACACAAAUUAAAGCUACAACCACAAAGUGAAACAAAAACAACAAAAUACCUCCAGCUGUACAAAUAUUGAUUGAUAUCAACAACUAAAGAGAAAUAAAUACACAAAUAUGUAUAUACCAAAAUAAUCAGGAAAAAAAAACAAGAAGCAGUCGGAAAGGAAACUAAAGAGAAUGUAACCUAAGCUUGAAUUCCCAAAACCCGUCCACUUAAAAAAAUACGAAAAGUGUGUUGAAAAAUAUGUUUGAAAAAAUACUAAAGAAAAAGACGCUUCAAAGCGAGAGUAUGACUAUUAAAAUACCGAAAAAAUACCAAGUGAACUGAAUUAACGCAAAAAAAAAAUAUUGUAAUAUUGUUAUUUACUGUUAUUUUUUCUCGCGUUUUUUUCUGCAAAGUAAAGUACAAAGAACCACAAAGAAAAAUAACGACAAAUAAAGGCAAAGAUAACAAAGCAAAUUGCAACUGCAGGACAGCAAGAACACCAACGAAGCAAAACAAAGUAAUACAAAAUAAAUAAUUCGCCAAUACCAGCACCCAGUAGACAGAGCGAGACGGGAAGAGAAAUAAACAAACCGCUCAGAAGAGUGCGAGUGAGAGGAGGUUCCAGUGAUUUAGCAAAGAAAAAGUGAGAGAGAGUGCGAGCAAGAGAGAGAGAGAGAGAGAGAGAGAAACGAAGAGGGAGCGCGCGAAAAGCUUCAUGCAGAAAAACAAGAAACAGCGCAAAACAUCUGAAGAACAUGGAGGGUGCGAGUCGCAGCAGGAACUCCUCCACGAGUCAGAGUCAAGGUCAUGGGCAAGGUCAGGCUCAAGGUCAAGGUCGUCGCAGCCAGAUGCAGGACAUUGAGGACCUCAAGCAAGACAUUCCCUACUUCGACGAUCCGCCGGCGAUCGGUGGCGAUCUGCUCGUGCUGGGCAAAAAUGAAUGCCAAUUGGACGAUUUGACCUGGGACCCAGUUGCCGAUGUGGAUGCCGAUGCGGAUGGAGAUGCUGAUGCUGAUGCAGAUGCGGAUGCGGUUAUCCGGCUGGAGCCGGUGUCUCGUGCCGUCGAUCUCGACCUCGAGGACAACUAUCCGGAUGAGAACGAGAGCUCGGUAAUGGGCAGCGACUAUGCGCCCAGUGGGAGUGGCAGUGGUGCGAAUAGCUUCUAUCAAUCGCCCACGCCCUCCACCGCCGGAUCCGGCUGCGAUCUGAUGCUCCGGCCGCCCCCCAGUUCGGUGUACCACUUCAAUUACCGAUCGCCGGGCAGUCCGCUGCCCGUUGCGAUGCCAGGUGGCGGAGUGGCUGGAUCGGGGGCAAACAGUUCCGGACGCCUGCAUCCGUAUGCACAUUCCCCGGUCCAUGGAGCAGCGCCCGGCUUCUAUCCCAAUAUGUGGUAUCCGAAUGCGCCAUACGGUUCGAGCGGAUCCGGCGCAGGAGCCGGAACAGCCGGUGGCAGGUACAUGGCCUACGGACCGGGAGGAGGAAGUGGACCAGGAGGAGGUGGCCCAGGAGGAGGUGGCCCCGGACCAGGAACGGGUGCUUACGCCGGACACUCGGCCCACCAACUACAUGGGCUGCACCAUCCAUAUUCGCAGCCACAUCCGCACGCGCACCACCCGCAGCAUCCGCAUCAUCCGCCACAUCCGCACCUGCAACAUCCACACGAGACCAUGAUGGAGAUGUUCCAGCUCUCGAAUAGCGGUCGGGAGGCACGGAAUCGAGCGGAAAAGAAUCGACGGGAUAAGCUGAAUGGAUCCAUCCAGGAACUAUCCACGAUGGUGCCGCAUGUGGCAGAAUCACCGCGUCGAGUGGACAAAACAGCCGUUUUGCGUUUCGCCGCCCAUGCAUUGCGAUUAAAGCAUGCCUUUGGCAACAGUCUGAUGCACCAGCGACCCCAAGUCACGGACACGCUGAUGAGCAUGCUGGACAGCUUCUUCCUUGCACUCACCUGCCACGGCCACAUCCUGCUGAUCUCGUCCAGCGUCGAGCAGCACCUGGGCCACUGCCAGACGGACCUCUACGGCCAGAGCAUCAUGCAGAUCACCCAUCCCGAGGACCAGAACAUGCUCAAGCAGCAGCUGAUCCCCACCGAGCUGGAGAACCUCUUCGACGCCCAUGGCGACUCGGAUGUGGAGGGUGAGCCCCGCCAGCGCAGCAAAUCCGAGGAGGAUUACAUCGAUCGCAAGCUGCGCGAGGAUAGACGCAACUUUCGCGUGAGGUUGGCUCGAGCUGGUCCCCGGUCGGAGCCCACCGCCUACGAAGUGGUCAAGAUCGAUGGCUGCUUUCGGCGCAGCGACGAGGCUCCGCGGGGCGUACGAUCCAAUACCUUUAGUUCCAAUCUACAGCUGAUCAGAAGGACUCGCGGUCGGGAUGAUGCCAUUCCCCUGCACACGAUCAGCGGCAAUGAUAUCAUUCUAACAGCCCGCGCCCGAAUCAUCCGUCCGCCGAAGAUCGCCAGUCGACUGAUCGAUGCCAACACGCUGGAGUACCGCACCCGCCACCUGAUCGACGGCCGGAUCAUCGACUGCGACCAGCGGAUAGGAAUCGUGGCCGGUUACAUGACGGAGGAGGUGCGCAAUCUCAGUCCGUUCACCUUCAUGCACAACGACGAUGUGCGCUGGGUGAUCGUGGCCCUGCGGCAGAUGUACGACUGCAAUAGUUCGUACGGUGAGUCCACCUACCGACUGUUCACCCGCAACGGGAACAUCAUCUACCUGCAGUCGAAGGGCUACCUGGAGAUCGACAAGGAGACGAACAAGGUGCACUCCUUCGUCUGCGUGAACACGCUGCUCAGCGAGGAGGAGGGCAAGCGGCGGGUGCAGGAGAUGAAGAAAAAGUUCUCGGUGAUCAUCAACACGCAGAUACCGCAGUCGACCGUCGAUGUGCCGGCCUCGGAGCAUCCGGCUCUGCUGGAGAAGGCGGUGCUGCGGCUCAUCCAGAAUCUGCAAAAGUCCGGGGCCGACGAUGAGGGGGACGAGGAGGACGAGGUCGAGGACGAGGACGACGAUGAGGAGGAUGACGACGAUGCGGAUGAUGUGGCGGGCAGCACGUCCGAGUUCGGCGAUCCCCAUGCCACCAAUCAUCCGCCGCACAGUCGUUCGCAUCAUCAUCACCACCAGCACGGCUCCUCGGCACUUGCCUCCCAUGGACAGGGUAGCUCCAAGACCCCGCCCCUGGCACUGGUCCCGCCCGAAGCCUCCUCCGUGAAGUCCUCGAUCUCGAAGAGCAUCAGUGUGGUGAAUGUGACGGCGGCCAAGCAUCUGCGCGGUGCCCACGGAUCGGCGGUCAAGUCGCCCAGCUCUGUGGGCAGCUGCUCCUGCACCGAGUUCCAUUCGCCCUGUGACUUCUGUCAGGGUCCACUCACGCCCGAUCCCCAGGCCGUUGGGUCCACCCUAAAGCGGAGCAGCAGUGCUCUGGCGGAAAGCGAGGAGAAGGUCGCCAAGCGGCGCUUUAUACCCAGCACUGAAAUCGAGCACGUACUACACACAUCUCUGGACCAAAUCGGUCGAAAUCUGACCCAACAACUGAAUGUGGCCAGAAAUUUGAGGGAACAAGGGCAGCGCUACGAAUUGCCUGACGCCAAUCAGCGAUUCGAUGAGAUCAUGCAGGAACACCAGAAACAAAGCGAACUGUAUGUGAACAUCAAGAGCGAGUACGAGGUGCAGCUGCAAAAUAAGGUCAGCACCCGGAAGUCCUCCGAGUCGGAUCGAAAUCAGGAGCAGCAGCAGCAGCAGCAGCAACAGCAGGUUCAGGAUGAGGAUCAGGACAAGGCCAGAAAUUUGGAGCACGGGAAAUCCGAGUCGUCGCUGAAGAUGUUCUCGAAGAAGAAAAAGAAACCGCUGAUCUCGAUGCCCAGCAAUUUCGAGCAUCGUGUGCACACGGGCUUCGACAAGCGGGAAAACAAAUACGUUGGCCUGCCCCUGCAAUGGGCCUCCAUUGUGGGCAACAACCAGAUCCUCAAGUCCUCCAAUCGACCGCUGCCCCUGGUGGAUCCCUCCGAGAUCACGCCCACGGAGAUCCUCGAUCUGAAGACCAUUGUGCGUCCGCAUCACAACAACAACAAGGCGGACACCACCUCGCUAAAUAGCAGCAGCACCAUGAUGAUGGGCUCCUCCACCAUGGGCGCCAAUCCCAUGGCCCCACCACCACUCGGCUCGCAUCCCAUGAUGGGCAACACCCCGGGCGGCAUGAUGCUGCCCAUGGAGUCGGGCGGCAUAAUCCUGCCCAAGACCUCGCAUGUGGCCCGAUCCAAUUCGCUGAGGAGCUCCAGUCCGCCGCGUGUGCGCCGGGUGGCCAAUGUGCCGCCAUCGGUGCCGGAGGAGGAGGGUCCCCCGGCCGGAGGUAGUAGUAGUGGCACUGGCGGUGGCGGCUUUAAGCCACCCGGUGCCCAUCCCUCCCUGCUCUAUGCCACGCACGCCAAUGGAGCAACUGGACCGCUGGCCGUGCGCACGGAUCAGACCAACCUGCAGCAGUAUCGCAGCAAUCUGGCCCCGCCCAUUCACCAGCAGCAGCAGCAGACUUCGCCGGUGGGCUCGGUGGCCAGUGGCACACGUUCCAAUCACUCGCACACGAACAAUGGCAACAGCGGCACCACCAGCUAUCCACCCAUGUAUCCCACUAACCAGCAGCAGCAGCAGCAGCAUCAGCAGGCCAAACAACAGGCUGGCGGAGAUCAGAACCAAAACCCCUUGCAUCCGCAUGCCCAUCCACACCAGCACCAGCACCAGCACCUGGCCAAGUCGGCCUCGAGGGCCUCCAGUUCGAGCGGCGGUGCCAGCAGUGCCGCCCAGCAGGCGGCGGCGGGAGGAGCAGGAGCCGGUGGAGCGGCAGGACAGCCCAAGCAGGAGCAACGCCUGACCCACGAGCAGUUCCGCGCUGCUCUGCAAAUGGUCGUUUCCGCCGGAGAUCCGCGCGAAAAUCUCGAUCAUUUCAACAAAAUAGGCGAGGGCUCCACGGGCACUGUGUGCAUAGCCACAGACAAGUCCACAGGUCGCCAGGUGGCCGUGAAGAAGAUGGACCUGCGCAAACAGCAGCGACGCGAGCUGCUCUUCAAUGAGGUGGUCAUCAUGCGCGACUACCAUCAUCCCAAUAUCGUGGAGACAUACUCCAGCUUUCUGGUCAACGAUGAGCUCUGGGUGGUGAUGGAAUACCUCGAGGGCGGCGCCCUCACCGACAUCGUCACCCAUUCGCGCAUGGACGAGGAGCAGAUAGCCACCGUCUGCAAGCAGUGCUUGAAGGCUUUGGCCUAUUUGCACUCACAGGGUGUCAUACAUCGCGACAUCAAGUCGGACUCGAUUCUGCUGGCCGCCGAUGGACGGGUGAAGCUGUCGGACUUCGGAUUCUGCGCCCAGGUGUCCCAGGAGCUGCCCAAGCGCAAGAGUCUGGUGGGCACGCCGUACUGGAUGUCGCCGGAGGUCAUAUCGCGCCUGCCCUACGGUCCGGAGGUGGACAUCUGGUCGCUGGGCAUCAUGGUCAUCGAGAUGGUGGACGGAGAGCCGCCCUUCUUCAACGAGCCGCCGCUGCAGGCGAUGCGUCGCAUUCGGGAUAUGCAGCCGCCGAACCUAAAGAACGCCCACAAGGUAUCGCCGCGCCUGCAGUCCUUCCUCGACCGGAUGCUGGUGCGGGAUCCGGCGCAGCGAGCCACCGCCGCCGAGCUGUUGGCCCAUCCCUUCCUGCGCCAGGCGGGACCGCCGUCGCUGCUGGUGCCGCUGAUGCGCAAUGCGCGACACCAUCCAUAGAUGAUGGAUAAACAGCCCCACCCCCGCCCCCAAAUAUUCGGAGGACACCUCAACCUCGGCUGGUUGAAACGAAUCCCCCGCAGACAACGGGCAUCCAUCUAUCAAACUCUAGUAUUAACAUUCAGUUUCGGCAACUGUACUUAACCCUGAGAGCCCCUCGAAACAUUGUAAAGUCAUAUAAGCCGCCAGCACACCCACAUUUUAGCCACUGCACUUAUACACCUUACCCACAACCACCCACUACCACCCACAACUACCCAUUAGCGACCCACUAGCGAACCACUCGAAGUUCCGGAAGAGAACGCAAUGUGCCUUUCACACGCCUCCAAAAAUCGAGUCCAGAACCGAUUGGGAUCGAAAUCGAUAUAGCAUUUAUCAGCCUGAAACACAUUCAUAUAUAUAAUAUAUACAUAUACUACUUUCUGCAUUUUGCUCUCUCUUCUUGUCAAUAUUAGUUUGUGCGUGUGUGUUUGAAUUUUUUUUUUAACAAGCCCAUAAACAUUGUUCGAAUAUAUAGUAUGUAGCGCUAAGAGAUCAUGUUAAAAAUUCUAUCCAUAUAUAUAUAUAUAUUUAAACACAUAUAUUUUUUAUAAAAACAAAACCUAGCCCUAAGAAAAGCGAAACAACGAAGGCGUGAAUCGAAAAGAGAUGGGACGAAUGCGUGAGCACGGAAAGUGAAAGAGACAGAGAUAGUUGGACAUAAUAUUUUUUUAAACGUUUUGCAAUUGACGCCACGUAAAUGCAUCUGAUACAUAAUCGUGUGUAAUGUUGUUAACUCUCCAGACAAAUAUACAUCUAUCAACACA